UAAUAUAUUCUCAGUCAUCUUAUAUAUAACAUCCAAAACUUUGUCUCUUUAACAUUCAGUGAAACAUAAAAACCUUCCACACUUGUGUAUAACAGUAAUUAAUUAUGGCUCGCCAAAGAUUUGCUCGUCCAAUAUUUGAUAAUCCUUUUCUCAAGAUUCAAGAAUUACCAGGUGACACAGUAAAACGUAACUCUGAAUCCCUUAAGCAAGCCAAUUCUGAUCCUAGAGGCACAUCUCUAGUCAUUUCCAGGGACGUGACCCUUGACACAGACAAAAAAACUUGGCUUCGACUUUACGUCCCACGACGAGUAACAAAAGCUUCUACUCCUAAGAAAUUGCCCCUCAUAGUCUACUAUCACGGCGGAGGCUUUGUUUAUUUCCAUGCCAAUACUUUUAUCUUCGAUGUGUUUUGUCAAGCACUUUCUGAAAGAGUUGGUGCUAUGGUUAUUUCACUCGAAUAUCGUCUUGCCCCUGAACACCGCCUUCCUGCAGCUUACGACGAUGCCAUGGAUGGAUUACAUUGGAUUAAGUCCACUAAGGAUGAAUGGGUCACCAAUUACGCUGAUUUGAGUCGGGUCUAUCUUUAUGGAACCAGCUCUGGAGGCAAUUUAGCAUAUCAUGCAGGAUUACGUGCGGCAGCUGCAGCUAAAGAACUAGAGCCCUUAAGAAUCAAAGGAUUGAUUUUGCAUCAUCCAUUUUUCAGUGGGAAAAACAGGACAGAAUCAGAGGAGAAGCUAAAAGAUGAUCAGCUUUUGCCGCUCCAUGCAAUUGACAAGAUGUUCGACUUGUGUUUGCCAAAAGAGGUGGAUCAUGAUCAUGAAUAUUGCAAUCCAUGUGCAAAUGGAGGGUCAAAGAAUUUAGAUGAUAUGAAGGAAUUAGGUUGGAAGGUUUUGGUAACUGGUGUAUGUGAAGAUCCUCUGGUUGAUGCUGCACGUAACUGUGUCAAGUUAAUGGAAGAGAAAGGUAUAAAAGUUUACAAGUUUUUUAGAGAUGGUUAUCAUGCUAUGGAAGUCUUCGACCAAUCAAUGGCAGCAGCUUUAUAUGAUGCCACCAGGGAUUUCUUAAAUGCUAGUAAAAAUUAAUAAUAUAGUACGUACUUAUCAUUGUCUAUGUCGUGUUUGUUUCAUUUCAUUCUCAUGCAGGUAAAAUUUAGUUUUGUGCAAAUAAGAGAAGAGCAGGGUACUCUAUAGUGUAUGAGAUUACUUUAGUUGUUUCUGUUUUUCUAUGAAAAUAAGUUUCUCUGGUUUUUAUUUUCUUUUUGGAGAGGGCAGGGGAGAAGCAAAAACUUCCAUAGCGAGUACAAUAUUUACAGUUGUGGAGUACAAUAAUUACAGUUGUACUUGAAACAGAUAUUACUCCUAUUUGAGUUUGUAGAAAAAACGUUUGGCGUAGUGGAAAUUAUGUUCGCAUUGAA